AUGGUUCGAAACCGAUUACGCGUCAAUGGCCUAAGAGCCCGACGUCCCUAUGUUGGUCUGCCCCUAACUCUUGCGCGUCGCCAACGCCGAUUGGCUUGGUUACAAGCACACUCGCCCAGAAUUUUUCCUAUGAGGCAAUGGAGACGGGUAUUCUUCACUGACGAAUCCCGGUUCACUCUCUACCGUUCGGACGGGCGACGUCGUGUAUAUCGACGUCGUCGAGGGGAACGUUACACCGACGCGUGCGUCGCUGAGCGGGAUAGGUUUGGCGGUGGUUCAGUAUGUGUUUGGGGUGGUAUCUCCUAUGGGUUUAAAUCACCCCUGAUCGUGAUUGACGGUAAUUUAACCGGCGUAAGGUAUAGAGCCGAAAUCCUUCGCCCAGUUGCCGUGCCAUGUGUGCAAGCACGGAACCGGAUAUUUCAGCAAGACAAUUCCCGGCCCCAUGUCGCUAGAGCGGAGGAUGUUUAUACGAUGGAAAGGUCUACCAGCAGGGACAGACUUGGACUGUACCAUGCAAGUACGACUGUACAUGUCAGGAUGGCACUGCCGGCAAGUACCAGUGCACAGAAGUGUAAAUGUCCACACUAUGACAACCUGCCUCAGGGCUGUUAUAUGGUUCAGGAACAAAAUUCUUGUUGUUCCAAACCACAGUGCAACUUCCAGACUACUGGCGAUGGUGCUCAUGGCCAAAUGCAGACGGGUGAUGGAUCUGUUGUGGUUCAACAAGGUGGCGGUGUUGGAAAUCUACAAACAGUCGCAUGUCAGGAUACACUGUCCAAUUGUGGUGAUUAUGAUACAUCCACGUGCAGCAACCCGGAAUACGCAACAUGGGCCAAAGACAACUGUGCCAAAACGUGCAACCUUUGUGAUGGAACCGGAACCGGAACCGGAACCGGAAUGUCUGGAGGAGCAACCGGAACUGGUACUGGAACUUACAACCCCAACACCGGAACUGGUUCAGGAACUUACAACCCCAACCCCGGAACUGGUACUGGAACUUACAACCCCAACACCGGAACUGGUACUGGAACUUACAACCCCAACACCGGAACUGGUACUGGAACUUACAACCCCAACACCGGAACUGGUACUGGAACUUACAACCCCAACACCGGAACUGGUACUGGAACUUACAACCCAAACACCGGAACUGGUACUGGAACUUACAACCCCAACACCGGAACUGGUACCGGAACUUACAACCCCAACACCGGAACUGGUACUGGAACUUACAACCCAAACACCGGAACUGGUACUGGAACUUACAACCCAAACACCGGAACUGGUUCUACUGGAACGGGUACUGGAACCUAUCCAAGCGGGUCUGGAGGAACCGGAACGUACCCAAGCGGGUCAAGUGGAACUGGAACUUAUCCAAGUGGGUCUGGUGGAACCGGAACUUACCCAAGCGGGUCUAGUGGAACUGGAACUUAUCCAAGCGGGUCUGGUGGAACCGGAACCUACCCCGCAGGAUCUAGUGGAACCGGACCUUACCCAGGUGGAUCUAGUGGAACCGGAACUUACCCCGGAGGAUCAAGUGGAACCGGAACCUACCCCGGAGGAUCUAGUGGAACCGGAACUUAUCCAAGCGGGUCCAGUGGAACUGGAACUUACUCCGGAGGAUCUAGUGGAACUGGACCUUACCUAGGUGGAUCUAGUGGAACCGGAACUUACCCCGGAGGAUCAAGUGGAACCGGAACUUACCCAGGAGGACCAAGUGGAACCGGAACUUACACAGGAGGAUCUAGUGGAUCCGGAUCUUACCCAGGAGGGUCUAGUGGAUCCGGAACUGGAACAGGAGGUAGUAUUAUAUCAAGUGGAUCUGGUAGGUAUUUAGGCUCCUGUGGCGACCGAAUCAACAACUGCGCUGCCUACGGCCAGAGUGUAUGUUCAGACCCUACCUAUCAGGGAUGGGUGAAAGACAACUGCGCUCAGACAUGUAACAAAUGCAGUAGUGGUACCAUGACAAUGGGAACUAACACCGGAAGUGGAUACUACGGACCAGGAGGCACUGGCAUGGGCAGCUCGUCAACAGGAACCGGCUCAUCUGGUGUGGUAACCGGACACUCGAACGGCUGUGCCUACAAAGGCCAGGUGUAUCAGCAAAAUCAAUCAUGGAAGGAUGGAUGUGACUACAGGUGCACGUGCACAGAUGGAACUCAGGGAAGAUAUACUUGCAAACAGCUAUGUGUGCAAUGGGAUCAUCUCCCGAACGUUUGCCAGAUGAUGCCCCCACCCGCGGGAAAGUGUUGCAGGACUCCUAAUUGUCCCAGCUACGUCCAACUGCAUUACCCAGAUAACUACGUCCCUGAAUAA